CUUGAAGGAGCGAUUACCCGCUGCCGGCGUCAUCGUCGUUGCAUCCAAAGCGUCGAGCUAGAUUCCACGCCUAGGCAGACCCCAGACGCCAGCGACCCCCGUGUGCGUCACCGCGUCUCGUGCGGACAGACAGACAGACGCGGGCGCGGCAGCUCGCCUCGGCCAUGGACGUGGAAGCCCGCAAGGACGCGGCGCCGGCGCGCGGCAAGGCGGUGCGCCGCCUCCUGGUGGCGCUCAACUGCGGGAUGCUCGCGCUGGGCGCCGUGGGCGGGCCGCUCCUCAGCCGCCUCUACUUCAGCAAGGGCGGCCACCGGCAGUGGCUCUCCGCGUGGCUCGAGACCGCCGGCUGGCCGCUGCUGCUGCUCCCCGUGGCGGCGUCCUACGCCGCGCGCCGCGCGCGCGACGGCCGGGGCGCCCCGGCCCUGCUCGCCCCGCCGCGCAUCCUGCUGGCCGCCGCGGGCCUCGGCGUCGCCACGGGCGUGGACGACUUCAUCUACGCCUACGGGCUCUCGUACCUCCCCGUGUCCACCUCGGCGAUCCUCAUCGCGACGCAGCUCGCCUUCACGGUGCUCUUCGCGUUCCUCGUCGUGCGCCAGCGCCUGAGCGCCGCGACCGUGAACGCCGUGGCCCUCCUGACCGUGGGCGCCGUCGUGCUCGGCCUGCACGUCUCCGGCGACCGGCCCCGGGGCGUCACCAGGGGCCAGUACUGGCUGGGGUUCGCCCUCACGCUCGGCGCCGCCGCGCUCUACGGGCUGGUCCUGCCGCUCGUCGAGCUCGCGUACCGGCGCGCCGCCGCCGGCGGCGGGCGCGCCGUGACGUACGCGCUGGUGAUCGAGGUCCAGCUGGUGAUGGGGUUCUUCGCCACGGCCUUCUGCACCGUGGGCAUGAUCGUGAACAAGGAUUUCCAGGCGAUCCCGAGGGAGGCGAAGAACUUCGAGCUGGGGGAGGCCCGGUACUACACGGUGCUGGUGUGGGCGGCGGUGCUGUGGCAGUUCUUCUUCCUGGGCGCCGUCGGGGUCAUCUUCUGCGUGCACACGCUGCUGGCGGGCAUCCUCAUCGCGGUGUUCAUCCCGGUCACGGAGGUGGCCUCCGUCAUCUUCCUGCACGAGAAGUUCAGCAGCGAGAAGGGCGUGGCGCUGGUGCUCUCGCUCUGGGGCCUCGCCUCCUACUCCUACGGCGAGUGGAGCGAGGCCAGGGCCAAGAAGAAGACGGCCGAGGCGGCCGCGGAGGCCCAGGCCCCGUGAGGGCCGUGGGCUUGCAAUUGUGGACGGUGAUGAGAGAGGGAAGCUCUCUGAUGGUGCGUGGUCCAGCUGUACUCUCCGUAUCUGCUGUGGUUUGUGGGCUCGUGGCCGUGUCGAUGGA